CGCACCAGGGCAGAAGGGCCGCGGAAGGGGCCGCCCCACCGGCUGGGUGAGGGCUGCCGCGUCCGGAGGAGGGAGGAAGCGCUGACAGCUGGAACCCGCUGCUGGAAGCGUUCGCGCUGGGACGCGGGGAGCUGCCGAGGGGCUGGCUGCUGCAAGACCCGGGCUUACCCUCUGAAAAAGAAACCCCAGAAGCUGUAUUACCGGGCUCUCUUUGUGCUACUCCUUGAAAAGAAAAAGAGGAUGGCCAAAGAGAAGGGCCUCAUCAGCCCAGAAGACUUUGCCCAGCUGCAAAAAUACAUGGAAUACUCCACCAAAAAGGUCAGCGAUGUUCUGAAGCUCUUCGAGGACGGCGAGAUGAGCAGAUAUCGCCAAGGAGACGCCAUUGGAUACAUGGGAUUUGAGCAGUUCCUGAAGAUCUAUCUGGAAGUGGAUGAAAUUCCCUAUCACCUCUGCUGGUCUCUGUUUUGGUCAUUUCACACUAGUAGUAGUGAUCAAUGCUUACAGGCGACGGAGGCUAACGCCAGUAUGGUUUGUCUCAGUGAUGUCUCCUGCUACUUCUCCCUCCUGGAGGGUGGCCGGCCAGAAGACAAGCUAGAAUUCACCUUCAAGCUGUACGACAGGGACAGAAACGGGAUCCUGGACAGCUCGGAAGUAGAAAAAAUCAUCCUUCAGAUGAUUCGCGUGGCUGAAUAUCUGGACUGGGAUGUGUCUGAGCUGCAACCGAUCCUUCAGGAGAUGAUGAAAGAGAUUGACUACGAUGGCAAUGGCUCUGUCUCCCUGGCCGAGUGGGUCCAGGCUGGGGUCACCACGGUGCCGCUGCUUGUGCUUCUAGGGGUGGAUAUGACUAUGAGGGAUAAUGGGGAGCAUAUGUGGAGACCCAAGAGAUUCUCCAGACCAGUCUACUGCAACCUGUGCGAGCUGAACAUUGGCCUCGGCAAACAGGGACUGAGCUGUAACUUCUGUAAGUACACUGUUCAUGACCACUGUGCCAUGAAGGCCCUGCCUUGUGAAGUCAGCACCUAUGCCAAGUCUCGGAAAGACAUUGGUGUCCAGUCACACGUGUGGGUUCGAGGAGGCUGUGAUUCUGGGCGUUGUGACCGCUGCCAGAAAAAGAUCCGAAUCUACCACAGCCUGACAGGACUGCAUUGUGUGUGGUGCCACCUGGAGAUCCAUGAUGAAUGUCUGCAGGCUGUGGGUCCUGAGUGCGACUGUGGACUGCUCCGUGAUCAUAUACUGCCUCCAUCUUCCAUCUACCCCAGGGUCCUGGCAUCUGGACAAGAUCGCAAACUGAAGACCACAGAUGAUACAACCCUCUGCAACAUUAAGGCUCUUCAGAUUGACCCUGUUCCCAACACCCACCCACUCCUAGUCUUUGUCAAUCUGAAGAGUGGAGGGAAGCAGGGGCAGAGGGUGCUUUGGAAGUUCCAGUACAUGCUAAACCCUCGGCAGGUGUUCAACCUGAAGGAUGGUCCAGAGCAAGGGCUCACAUUUUUCAAAGAUGUUCCUCAAUUCCGGGUAUUGGUGUGUGGCGGAGAUGGCACAGUAGGCUGGAUUCUAGAGUCCAUUGACAAAGCCAACUUGCCCGUUGUGCCUCCGGUCGCUGUAUUACCCUUGGGCACUGGGAACGAUCUGGCUCGUUGCCUAAGAUGGGGAAGAGGUUACGAAGGUGAGAAUUUGGGGAAGAUUCUCAAGGACAUAGAGAUAAGUAAGGUGGUGUAUCUCGAUCGAUGGUUACUGGAAGUGAUACCUCAAGGAAGUAAUGAGAAGAGUGAUCCAGUCCCCUCUCAAAUCAUCAAUAACUACUUCUCCAUUGGUGUGGAUGCUUCAAUUGCUCACCAAUUCCACCUCAUGCGAGAGAAAUAUCCUGAGAGGUUCAACAGCAGAAUGAAAAACAAGCUGUGGUACUUGGAAUUUGCCACAUCUGAAUCCAUCUUCUCAACAUGCAAAAAGCUGGAAGAGUUUUUGACAGUUGAGAUCUGUGGGAAGCCGCUGGAUCUCAGUGAAGUAUCCCUGGAAGGCAUUGCAGUACUGAAUAUCACCAGCAUGCACGGCGGCUCCAACCUCUGGGGUGAUACCCGGAAACUUCAUGGGGAUACCAGUUCAAUCAACCAGGCAUUAGGGAACGUGGCCAAAAUCAUUACAGACCCCGAUAUCCUGAAAACCUGUGUGCCAGACAUGAGUGACAAGCGGUUGGAAGUAGUAGGAAUAGAGGGUGUCAUUGAGAUGGGCCAGAUCUAUACCAAGCUCAAGAAUUGUGGACAUCGCCUGGCCAAAUGCUCCGAGAUCACAUUCCGGACCACAAAAACCCUCCCCAUGCAAGUUGAUGGGGAACCCUGGAUGCAGGCUCCUUGCACGAUCAAGAUCACCCAUAAGAACCAGAUGCCUAUGCUUAUGGGCCCAGCCUCCAGCUCCUACAAUUUAUUUGGCUUUUGGAGUUGAGGAUACCCUCUGCCCUGCGCCCACCUCCCUGUUCCUGGAGAUUUCCCUCUAUGCUCUGUACAUUGCUGCCACAUGCUCCUGUCAGCCCAGAAGGAUGUUUCUCUCCUUCACAGUAUUUAUUACCCUGCACCACCUCACUGUUCCCACAGACACAUUCAUACCAAAAACACAUAACAUUGAAAGUGCCUCAUCUAAUAAAGUGUCUUUUUCCAUCACUGGGAUAUCUGCUAAA